AUUUGUCUGGAUGGAGUGGGCGGAGCUCCACUCAGGGGGAACUCUACGUCACAGAGGGGCGUGUCCGCGCGUACGUUCCCCGGAGGUGUGUUUGGUCCGCGCUCCACAGGCGUCGACUCUUCUGUCUUUUUUUUUUCUUCUUUUAAUUCUGAAAGUUGACGGAGGAGAACCAGACCGGAACUUCCGCGUCCGACCCAGCGGAACCAGAGCAGAGCGGAACCGGAGCGGGGCGGGGGAAAUGGGACCGGAGCUGCGGUGAGCGGCGCCGCCGAGCAGCAGCCGCGGACCCGGCCGGCCCGCCGGGGAUGGCCCACGUAGGCAACGGCGCCUCCGCGGAGGAGGAGGAGGAGGAUUGCUUCGAGGACGCCUUCGACCGCACGCCUUCAACAUGUCGGAUGGAUCUGCAGACGGCCAUCCAGGAGACCCAGUGUGCUCUGAACCUGGUCCUCAACAACAAGUUCUCUCAGGCGCUGGACCUGCUCAAGCCAUGGUGGAAGGACAGCAUGUACCACGCUCUGGGUUACAGCAGCAUCCUGGUGAUGCAGGCCACCAUGACCUUCGAGCAGAGAGACAUCCAGGCCGCCAUGGCCACCAUAAAGGAGACCCUACAGACCUGCCAGAGGUUCAGGAAGAGGAACUCCGUGGUGGGAUCUCUGUCCAGUCUCAUCAGCAAACAGACCAACCUGCAGGAAGAGGAGAUGCAUGCAGAGCUCUGCUACGCCGAGUGUCUCCUGCAGAAGGCCACGCUGACGUUUGUGCAGGAUGAAAACAUGAUUAGCUUCAUCAAAGGAGGCAUCAAGAUCCGAACCAGCUACCAGAUCUACAAGGAUUGUCAGAACCUGCUGUCCACUGCUCAGGGCGUGACUGAACAAUCUGAUUUGUUCAGACAGUUUGAGGGCGGAGUCAAGCUGGGCAUUGGGUCCUUCAACCUGAUGCUGUCUCUCCUCCCUCAGCGGAUUCUGAGGUUGCUGGAGUUCAUCGGGUUCUCAGGAAACCGGAGGUUUGGUCUCUCUCAGCUCCGAGAGGGCGCCUCCAACCACAGCCUGCGCUCCAUCCUCUGCGCCUUCACCCUACUCUUCUACAACACUUACGUCUCCCUCAUCCUGGGAACGGGGGAGGGGAACCUGGCUGAGGCUGAAGCUCUGCUGGAGCCGUACCAAGAAAAAUACCCAAAAGGAUCCAUCAUUCUCUUCUACUCGGCUCGUAUUACUUCUCUGAGGGGAAAUCUGGAAAAGGCGCGAGCGCGGUACGAGGAGUGCAUCAGCAGCCAGCAGGAGUGGAAGCAGAUCCACCACCUGUGCUACUGGGAGCUGAUGUGGAACCACUCCUUCCAGCAGGAGUGGCAGCAGGCGUACCGCUACGCCGACCUGCUCUGCAGGGAGAGCCGCUGGUCCAAGGCCAUCUACGUGUACCAGAAGGCGGCCAUCCUCAGCAUGAUGUCAGCGGAGGAGCUGGAGCGGACCGGCGAGGACCUGGGGGCGCUCUUCAGGCAGGUGGAGGGGCUGAAACAGCGGCUGGCGGGGAAGUCCAUCCCCAUGGAGAAGUUUGCUGUGAGGAAGUCCAGGCGCUACAAGGCCUCCAACCCCGUCCCCCUGGUCAUCCCCGCGCUGGAGAUGAUGUACGUCUGGAACGGCUUCAGCAUCGUCGGGAAGAGGGCCGACCUCACCGAGUCUCUGCUGGUCACCAUAGAGAGGGUGGAGCAGCAGCUGCAGAACGACCCCAACCCGACGGAGUACCAUCCCGACGACAGCUGCCUGGUCCAGAUGUUGAAGGGGCUCUGCCUGAAAUACCUGGGCAGGUUCCUGCAGGCGGAGCUCUGCUUCUCACAGGUGUUGUCCAGCGAGGGCCGGAUCCGCUACGACCACUACCUGGUUCCCUUCACGCUGUACGAGUUGGGUCUGCUGCAGAAGCAGCAGGGAGACUUCAUCAAAGCCACGACGUACAUCGAGAGAGCCAAGAUGAACUACAAGGACUACUCCAUGGAGUCCAGACUGCACUUCAGGAUCCACGCCGCCCUCAACAGCCUCAAAGGCUCGCCCGUCAGCACCCCAUAAUACUCAGCGGACGAGGACUCGUCAGGGUUUGGAUUUCAUCACCAGGGACUUUUUAAUCUGCUUUAAAACUCUAAAACUGUUUAUUUUUAUUAGAGAUUACAGAAACUUCCUGUUAGCAGGGGGCGGCUAAAACGGCUAGCUACGUUUGAUCAAUAAAGUUUUAUUCAGACCGACGCUCUUUCAGUAUAAAAGCACAAAGAACUGAGGAGCAUUCCUUUACCGAUAAAAGAUCAAAAAAGUUUUAGUUUAUUCUGAACCAAACCUGAAAUCUAAAGUUUAUUGAUUUUUGACAAUUCAUGGCCUUAAAUAACGUUUAAGCUUCUGCUUUUACUUCAGUGAGUCUGAAGCUAACGUCGUGCAGCUGCUUUAGCUGUUGUUUAAUCACUUUAAUCCUGAUCCAAACGGAUCUGAUUCUGAGCUCAGAUCAGCAGGAGUUCCUGCUGUAGCAUGGCGUCCAUUUACAGACGUUAGCAUACCUGCUCCACGCUAACGCUAGCUGCAGUUGUCUCGUUUUUGCGUCAUCCUUUACACACAUGUAGCUGUGAGUUAACGUGGAAUCAUGUGAUUUAAUGCUAGCAUCAGAGACCUAGCAUGCUACAUGCAGCAGCCACACUCACAAAACCUGGUCUGAUGAGGAGUCAGGCUAAAGACACUAUUUAAAAUGCUAACCAAGGUUAGUUCAGGUUUGGCUAAAGAUGAAUUUAUGGAUAAAUGACAAUAAGAUGAUUUUUGUUUGUUUUCAGGGACACUAUAUAAAUAUAAAUAUAUAUUCAGGCUUUAACGCUUCCUUUGCCUUCAGCGGAUCCUUAGCUCUUUCUUUGCGCUCCAGCCUUCUCACCGAUCGUGGCUUAUAGGAACACGGAGCGAUCCCCUCAUUCCAGACCGGAUGCACACGCGACAGAGAUUAGACGGGAAACGCUGGAUCGCACCUUUUAUUAGCAGCAAUAGAAGCAACUCUGCCGUCCGUUUGUCGGACGCGAAGCAGCUUUUUCUAGAGACGCUUUUGCUCUUCUCUGCUUUAAAUGAAUCUUAUUUUGACCAAAAGGAAUCGUCUCCGCUAAUGCUGUUGUGUCGUCCGGAUCAAAGCUUUUCCCAAAGAGCGAAGCUGCCUUUUGUUUUCUUGUAUUGUUCUACCGUAAAUUGUUUUGAUCAAAAGAUAACUUUUAUUUUGAAAUGAAGCACAAGGAUGUUUAUUUACAAGUUGAAACAAAAACGAGUUUGUCAACAAAGAGCAGUGGAGUCGACCGUGACCCGUCUUUGCUCCAUGUUGGAGACGGACCGGCGGUUCUGUUCUACUUGAAGGAUCCCGGAUCCUCAGACGUUCUUCAUGAACCGAAUGUAUCGACCGGAAGACCAAACUGUUGUGUUUUUGUGCCUGUACACGUUUUUUUAUGAUGGAAAACAUCAGCUUUGAACAACUGAAAGCUCAUAAAGCAAAAGCAGAGAAACCAUCAUCAGCUGAAGGAUUGUGGGAAUGAGAACCUCACGACUGGUUCUAGCUAACGCUGCUAAAGUGGAGGAGAAGAAACAUUUCACGUCAGAUGAAGGAACAAACAGCAGUUUUCAUGGAUGAACUCCUGAUGUACAUGCUAACGCUAACUGUAUAAGCUAAUGUUAGCUAUACCAUGGAUGAACUCCUGAUGUACAUGCUAACCCCUGAUAUACAUGUUAACGCUAACUUCAUUAGCGCUAAUGCUAACUGCAUAAGCUAACGUUAGCUAUACCAUGGAUGAACUCCUGAUGUACAUGCUAACCCCCAAUAUACAUGCUAACGCUAACUGUAUAAGCCAACGUUAGCUAUACCAUGGAUGAACUCCUGAUGUACAUGCUAACGCCUAAUAUACACGCUAACACUAAUUGCAUUAACAUUAGCAUAUACCAUUGAUUAACUCCGGAUGUACAUGCUAACCCUUGAUAUGCUAACGCUAACUGCAUUUGCAUUAGCAAUUAGCAUGCAUUUAAUGAAUUAACUCCAAAUAAAAAGGCCAACUGUGUUAGUGUUAGGAUGUACAUCAUAGAUGAAUUCCUGAUGUACAAGCUAACUGUGUUAGCAUUAGCAUGUAUAUCAUGGAUGAACACCUAAUGUACAUGCUAAUGUCAACUGCAUUAGCGUUACCUGCUCUAGUGUUAUGUAGAUCAUGGAGGAACUCUUGAUGUAAAUGCUAACAGUAUUAGCGUUAGCACGUAUAUCAUGAAUGAACUCCUGAUAAACAUGCCAACCACAUUAGCAUUAGCAUGCAUAUCGUGGAUGAACUACUAAUGUACAGGCUAAUCCAAACUGCAUUAGCGUCAGCAUGUAUAUCAGGAGUUCAUCCAUUAAAAACAUGAUAACUGCAUCAGCGUUAGCAUGUAUGCUACGGAUGAACUCCUGAUAUACAUGCUAACUGCAUUAGCACUGCCGAUUUAGCAUCAGCGGUACAGACCAACGUCAACAACGUCUAAAUUCUGUUUUUAAUGAAUACUGUUAAAUUUUCCGGUUAGCACAAAGGACAAACACUGCCUGCUACGUUAGCAUCGUAAAACUAUUUCAUUCUCACAUUAGCUAAUGCUAAUUUAGCAUGCUACUGCUGCUGUUUGUUCAGCUAAAAUAAACAGAAAAACUGCAGUUUUUACUAUUUUUAAUAUCUCCACCAUGAGAUCGCCCCAAAUAUUAACAGUUCAUACGACUAAAACACUGAAAGUUUUAUACGAUUACUAUGUGGUAAAUGAUAAAUAUUCUAUUAAGUUACUUUGUUUUUAAUUUAGGACAUUCAAAUCUUUAUUGCUAAGAGUAAAUGGUGUUGCACACGGUAGUAUACGGUUUAAGGUCAUGAUUCAUCCCAACAUCUCGGAUUAAAUGGUCAUAGGAUGAUGUCAUCGUGUUCAGUCUCGUAUUUUUAAACGGUUUCCUUGUUUUUGCCUUUGGUUUGUAUGUUGGAAAUAAUGUUCAGGUUCAUCUGCAGUUCCUUUACUACCUCAGUCUCCUUCAGUCUUUCUGCUUUUCUUUUCAUCAAAGUUGAUUCUUAAACUUUUGCUUCAGUUCUGCCUCACAAGAAAACACUAUUCUGUUGAUGAAUCUGUGUUCUAGAAAAUGAAUAAAGAUUGAAGUAUUUUGAACACAAACUGUUAUAAAUAACAUCAUUUAAAUUAUUAUUGCAGACAGCAGUUUGUGUUGGUGCCUCUGUCCGUCUGUGUGCUUUAUGACUGCAUGUUGUUGAAUCCGGACACAGAUCUCUGCAUGGUUUCUGUCUGGAGGACAAACGCUUCACCACGAGGACGGGAGGAUUCGGUGCAAUAAAGUCAAACAUGGACGUCCUUCA